AUGAACAUCGAUUGUUCCCAAAUUGGAGGCGAGGAUUCUGGCUAUCAACAGAUGUCGCCUAUGGCCCCGUCCAUCGAGUAUUUCGACGACGAUUCUGACUAUGCUUCCGGGGAUAGUUAUCCAUCGUCCAUCCUAUCAAGCGACUAUAAUUUCAAGUAUGAGAACGGUCGUCGAUAUUUUGCUAGGCGACAGGUCAAGUAUCCAUUCCCAAACGACGACAAGGAAUGGAAUCGCCUAGAGUUGACUCAUCAUAUGUGGACUCUCUUGCUAGCUGGGAAGUUAUUCAAGGCUCCAGUUGGUCCAGAGCCUCUGCGUAUUCUUGAUCUUGCUACGGGGACUGGACUUUGGGCGAUCGAAGUUGCAGACCAAUAUCCAGAUUCACAAGUAAUAGGUAACGAUAUCGCACCGACGAACCCACCAUGGAUGCCACCAAAUCUCGACUUUCAUAUCGAGGAUAUCGAAGAUGACUGGGUCUUUCCUCCAAAUAGCUUUGACCUCAUCCACAUUCGUGGAAUGGCUGGUUUUAUCAAAGACUGGCCACGGCUUAUCUCGCAAUGCUUUACUGCUCUAAAACCAGGCGGAUAUAUCGAGCUACAGGACCUUUCCAAACCAUUCCAAUGUAACGAUGGCACCUGCGACGAAAACAGCAUCCUUCAGAAAUGGGUCCAGCUGUGGGAAGAGGGGAAUAUAAGGAGUGGGCGAGAGUGGCUCUCUGUUUCAGCCAAUAUUAAGAGCAUUGUCAACACUGCUGGGUUCGUUGAUGCUGUUGGUGAGAUGGGCAUGAUCCCGACAGGCGGAUGGCAUCCAGAUGCGAAUCUUAAGGAGCUUGGGAUGUGCAUGCUGAAGCACUGGGUGGAAGGAGCUGAAGGAAUCACCUUGGAUAUGUUUACGCGUGUGCUUGGUUGGAAAAAGACCGAUGUUGACGAGCUACUGGUAAAAAUCAGGAAGGACCUAUUGAACCCGAAAAUCCACACGUUCACGACGGCAUGGCUUCUUUAUGCUCGGAAGCCACUCGUGACCAAAACUCUGUUAUGA